AUGCACACAUCAUAUUUUGAUGGUUUAUUUCAGGCAACAGCAGGUAUAACUUUGCCAAAAGUGAAAGUGCGCCGAAUUGCAUCGAAAAAUGUUGGCGGAUCGAUCAAACCCUUCGACCUUCCGAAGAACUAUAUCAAGUUUCGUGUGAGGCCCAAUAAAGAAAUGGAUAACAUCCUGGAAUAUGAUGUCGACGAAGAGGAUAUGGAAUGGUUGGAAAUUGUUUCGCAAAAACUGGAAAUAAAUGGCGAAGAACCGCUGAGCAUUCAUGAUUUUGAGAUGACAAUGGAUCGCUUGGAAAAAGAAAGCUUCUUCCAGGUGAUCAUCUUCUGUAUUCUGAAAAUAAGGCAAAUAGGUUCUUUCUGA